AUGCUCGCCGAAGCUCCUACAUUCGGUAGAGACACUUUCAAACUGUUCGACAGAGUAGUCGAAAGCCCGCACAGCAUUUGCUUCUAUGUGGAUAGUUGGGAUGAAGCAGUUCGUCAGAAGAACGAUUACAUCUACAAUGGCAGCCGAAUCACUGACAUAAGACGCACCCUUCCGGAAAUGGAUAAGGCAAAGGCGAAAGUUCAGACUGCGGUCAACGCCGAAAUAAAGCGGCGCAUUGAGCAAUUCCAGGGUGGCGCCAAACUCAAGCAUCAGUCUCCCCACGAAUGGGUUCCCAACGCCUCGUUCGUCAAUUGCUACGACGGGGGCUCAGAGAGGCGAGACCCAACCGUAGGCUACCACUCCGAUCAACUCACGUACGUCGGGCCACGCGCAGUCAUCGGCUCGCUCAGUCUAGGCGUCGCGCGCGAAUUCCGCGUCCGCAAGGUCGUAGCACGCGACGACAGCUCCUCCGCCGACGAGAAGGUGCAGAAGUCCUCCGAUACCGCCCGCGCUGACGCGGAGGGCCAGAUCGCGAUUCACCUGCCGCACAACUCGCUGCUGGUGAUGCACGCGGCGAUGCAGGAAGAGUGGAAGCACAGCAUCGCGCCGGCGCAGGCCAUCGACCCACAUCCGGUCGCCGGCAACAAGCGCAUCAACAUCACGUAUCGGCACUACAAGGAGAAUCUGCAUCCGCGGUAUACGCCGCGGUGCAAAUGUAACGUGCCGACGGUGCUGCGGUGCGUGCAGAGGAAGAAGGAAAACCGGGGAAGGUAUAUGUGGAUGUGCCACACCAGUUAUUCACCAGGUCAAGAAGGGUAUGUUUUGUCGUCCGCGUCUUGGGGUUUGAUGUACUGA